GCAGUGGUACCCCUCUCCAUUCACUGUCACUAUCAAGGUCAACGAUCAGUUAUCCACCAUGAUCUUUCAGACGGCGGAGCAAUGGAUGAUGGCUCAGAAAGCAUUAUUGUUUUCUGACAGGGAGACGCUCGACAAAGUGCUAGCAGUCAAUGGAACGACAAACGGGGAUAUGACGUUAGUCAAGGCGCUGGGGAGAAUGGUCAGUCCGUUUGACGAUCAUACGUGGAAGAGGGAAAGAGAGCGGAUAGUGUUGGAGGGAAGCCUGCACAAAUUCAGGCAGAAUGAGGAGCUGAGGGAAGCGUUGUUAAGCACUGGCGACAAGAUUUUGGUUGAAGCAAGCCCUCGAGACCGAAUCUGGGGGGUUGGAUACGGAGAGAAGAGUGCGCUGACGAAGUCGGACGCCGCCUGGGGUCUGAAUCUGCUUGGAAAGGCGUUGAUGGAGGCCAGACGGAUACUCCGAGAAGAGCAGGAGCGGGAUUGACGUUGAGAAGAGCGUCUGCAUGUUCCAGUGUUUAGGUGUGGGCGGAUAAGUGUCUCCUAAGGUACGAUUGUAUCAGCAUUAUGGCGGCCUCACGGGAAAGUUUGAUAAAGCGCAGCGCGGCUUUGAUUUCGUUGCUAUCGGAUAAGUCGACUGGCAUCCUGCAAAUACCUCAUUGGCUCUCUUCUGCCUCUCAGAACAGACUGGAGGGCGUUGUGGGAAGGCGUUGAGUCCUUGCAUGUCAGGUUCCUCGGAGUUUUUGACUAAACGCGGUCCCGAAUGAUAUCCAACGCUCUCUGCGCGCGGAUUUCUGGCCUGGAUAUAUAAGCCAUGGCACCGCGGCUGGGUGACGCCAACUCACCAUUCGCACAUACGCCACUGGACGCGCAUCUGCCAACUUCCUUCUCCCCAAUCCAACAUCAAAAUGUCUACCCAGUCGAAGCGUAUUGGCAUCAUUCUCGGCAGCUCUCGCAAGGGCGGAAACGCUGCGGGCCUCGCAAAAUGGGUCACUGCAAACCUCCAAAAGAACAUCCCUGAGGACGUUGAAGUCGUCACCGUUGACCCUGUAACCCCGCCACACCCCCUCGGCCCCCUUGUCGACCCCAUCAUGCCAUCGCUCGUGAAAGAUCAAGCCGAAUACCCGACCCAGCACAUCCGCGACUGGAGCGCCUUCGUGAGCUCCUGCGGCGCGAUCGUCGUUAUCACACCCCAGUUCAACUGGGGCUACCCGGGCGAGCUGAAGAACGCGCUCGACCAUCUCUACUACGAAUGGCACGGGAAGCCCGCCAUGAUGGUCACCUAUGGCUCGCGGGGUGGCGGAAAGUGCGCGGAGCAGCUGCGCCAGGUGAUGGGGAAGGGGCUGAAGAUGAAGCUUACUGGGCGGGAUGUGCUGGUUUCACUUCCGCACGAGUAUAUCGCGGGUCAGGAACGGACGACGGGCGACGACGAGUUCUUGAAGGCGUUCGAGGAGUCCCUCAAGGAGGCUUCGGACGAGUUGUACGAGCUAAUGGGCGGCGAAGCCAAUGCUCCUGCAUGAAGCUGCAUCGUACCGCAUUGUUAGUCUUAUUUAUUCCCCAUAGAAUAUUCGUCCCUGCCGAUACAGCAUCCCCACUCGACCAUCGCUCGUAGAAGGGACAUACCCGGGUGUUUGACAGCGUAUACUCAAUGUAAUAUAUCAUACCUAGUCUGAAGUCUUGAUUCAAUCACUGAGUACUAGUGUAUGGAAAGG